AUGGCUAGUGAAAUUCCUCUAGUGGAAUCAAUCCACUUCAUAAUUACUCAUAGCUUUCAUAAACAAAAAUGUAUGAUUCCAUGUAAGUUUGUGGAGAAAUAUGGAAAAAAUCUACCAAGAGAUAUUUAUCUAAAGACUUCCAAUGGUGAAAAAUGGAAAAUAAGUUUGGCAAAAAGUGGUGGCGAAAUAUGGUUUGGAAAUGGUUGGAAAGAAUUUGCAGAGUUUCAUUCUCUAUCUCAUUACCAUCUUCUAGUUUUCAGAUAUGAAAGAACUUCCCAUUUUAAGGUACAUAUCUUUGAUGAGCAUGCUGUGGAGAUAAACUACCCUCUCAAAAGAGUUGAUGUCAACAAUGAAGAAGAUUGUAGAGCAAGUCAAAAGAGAAAAGCUUACUCCUCCUUUGAAAUUGGAAGCACUAGUUGUGUCAAAGUUGGAAAAUCGCAAAAGUGUAAAGGAAAACAAGUGAAUGCAAUUCUUGAAAGAGCAAAAGAAUUCAAAACAUGUAAUCCAUCCUUUGUUCUUGUCAUGGGUGCAUCUUAUGUUGAACACCAUUUUCUUUUGACUAUACCUUCUAAUUAUGGCAAGACACACUUUGAUAUGGACAAGAAGAGAGGAAAUAUGUAUUUUCAGGUUUCAAAUGGCGAAAAAGUUUGGCCUGCAAAGUAUGGAAUUAGGAUGCACUAUAAAGGACAAAUAAAGUUUGAACUCAUAGCUGGAUGGAUGAAAUUCUCAAAGGAUAAUAAUUUGAAAGUUGGUGAUGUUUGUAAUUUUGAGCUCAUUCUUAGGACUAACAUGACCUUCCUUGUUCACAUCUUUAGAAAGACAAAUGAAGUCAACACAAAUUGUUCAACUUCUCAAAGUAGGAUUCAUUGAUGUUUAACUUUAGUUUCAAAUUAUUUAUUUUUGUUAUAUGAUAAAUAAGUUUUUUCUUUCAAUCUUAUAUAGGUUCAU